UCUCAUUAGAUUCAGUCUCACUUUAUUCCUUCUGCAUGUUGAUGUUUGGGCGACUUAGACGGGUUCCUUUUGGUUUAUUGUUUCAGUUUUUCUUUUCUCUUUUAGGAGAUGUAAUUCAUUAGUUCUACUUGAUAUCCUGUUUUUCUAUAGUUGGAGUGAAUUAGAUUCAAGGGUCCUCUUUGAGUGAUCCUUUUCCAUGGGCUUCCAUCAUAUUUGCCGUUUGUAUGACUUGUAAGAUCCACUGUUCUCUUUUGGUUCACUCCUUUUUUGCUUUUUGAUUUUAUGUUCAGUGUUUGGUUUGGGUUCAUGGAUUAUUUUUGUAACACUGUCCUCACAAUGUUUGGUUGAUUUAGAUUCAUGAAUGAUGUUUAUAUCCUCCCUUUGACGUCCUAGUAAUAUAGAAAUAUGGAUUCUCUUCGUUUCCUUUGUAUUUUUGUGGCUUUGCAUGGUUGAGAUUCAUUAUUGAUUCUCUAUGUUUCCUGCGUUUCAUGGAUUUGUUUAGUUUAGAUUCCUGGCCUCUCUUUGUUUCCUGUGUAUUUUGUGGCAUUUCUUAAUUUGAAUUCAUCUUUCUCAUCAUUAUCUGCCAUAUGUUGUUUGCGGGAUCUAAAUUCAUCCGCAUAGGCAUUCUACCUUGACAUUUUGGCAGGUUAGGGCAGGUUGAGAAUGCCCGAAAACACUUGUAUUCCGGGCAGAUGCCAGAUGCUGCCGAGUUGCAAAAAUUGCAGGCAGUGGAGAGGCAUCUGAGCAGAUGCAUGGAUGCUCGUAAGAUAGGAGAUUGGAAGAGUGCAUUGAGGGAAGGUGAUGCUGCCAUCGUGGCUGGAGCUGAGUCUGCUCUGCAGCUCUUUGCAUUGAGAGCAGAAGCCCUUCUCAAGCUCCAUCAACUUGAAGAUGCUGAUUCCGCCCUAUCAAGCGUGCCUAAGUUUGAACCAUCUCCCCAGUCCUGCUCCCAGAUCAGGUUCUUUGGAAUGAUCUGUGAUUCUUAUCCGUUCUUUGUCCGCGCCCAGGUCGAAAUGGCUAUGGGAAGGUUUGAGAGUGCAGUUGUGGCUGCUGAGAAAGCUGGGCAUAUUGAUCCUCGAAACAUUGAAGUUGCGGUAUUACUGAACAAUGUGAGAUCCGUAGCGAAAGCCCGGGUCCAUGGGAAUGAUCUCUUUAAUGCAGGUAAGUUUGCCGAAGCUUGUGCAGCCUAUGGAGAAGGCCUCAAGUUCCAUCCCUCCAACCCUGUUCUCUAUUGCAAUAGAGCGGCUUGCAGAUCCAAGCUCGGGCAAUGGGAGCUGUCUGUCGAAGACUGUAACGAAGCUCUGAGAAUCCAUCCCAGGUACACCAAAGCUCUCCUUCGACGUGCUGCCUCCAACGACAAGCUUGGACGGUGGGCUGAAUCUGUUCGAGAUUAUGAGGUACUGAUAAAUGAACUUCCGGGUGACAAAGAAGUAGCUGAAGCUCUGUUCCAUGCACAAGCUGCAUUGAAAAAAUCCCGCGGUGAGGAAGUUUAUGACAUGAAGUUUGGUGGUGAAGUCGAGGAAAUUUCGUGCAUUGAGCAGUUUAGGGCGAUAAUAUCUUCACCUGGAAUUUCAGUAGUCCAUUUCAAGAUGGCAUCAAACCAGCAAUGUGAGCAGAUAUCUCCCUUCGUUGACAUGCUCUGUGUCAGAUACCCAUCUGUGAGUUUUUACAAGGUGGACAUCAAGGAGAACACUGCAGUGGCCAAUGCCGAGAAUGUGAGGAUCGCUCCGACAUUCAAGAUCUACAAAAACGGGGCCCGGGUGAAAGAGAUGAUUUGUCCGAGCCAGCAGGUAUUGGAAUUCUCGGUGAGGCAUUACAGCUUUUAGAAUAAUCCAUUCUUUCUUUGGUGAGACGACGAACUCCACCUUUCCAAUUCAUACAAACUACAUUCCUAUUACAAGCGAGCUACAUAAUAAUUUCAUAGAGCCGAGGCCAAACCAGAGAGGCAGCUUUAAGUUUUUCUUUUUCAUUUUUUCUGUGUUAUAUAUUCUUUCCAUUUUUGUCACUCUGGUUUUAUAUUUCCUGUCCCCCCCUUUUUGCUUAAGCCAGCCUUAUUCUUAUACAUCCUCCCCCUCGUACCUUCCUCAUCUUGCAAGGAAAUGAGAGAAACAGACAUUUAGAAUUCAUUGGCUUUUGUACUUAGAUUUUGAAAGCAGGAGAAGAGAGAGAGGGUUGGUAGAGACUUUGUACAUGUACAUAAAAUGACAUAUCAGUACUGGUGUGCAUUAGGGAUUUAGUGAAGCAAUGAUGUUCAAUGAAGAAACAUUUGUUCGA